AUGGGCGACACCGACGACAUUGUCCAAAAACUGCAACAACUCCACCUCACCCAACCCGCAUUACGACCCAACCCGGCAUACUUCUUCCCCAACAUCCUCCCUAUCGAAAUCUACCUUGCCCACCGCGGGACCCCCCCACUGGUUCCACAGUCAUGCCUGGGUGGUAUGCAGGAGCUUGAGAAGCUGCGGGAGCAGAUCUUUUGUUCGGUGGGCGAGAGUCUUAAAGCCCUGCUCAGGGGCUCGUUGUGCGGCAGGUUGAGGGAUGCUAGGUUCAAUAUAAUUCCCUGGCAGGACUGCGUUACCCCGUGCGUGGUAAUUGUGGUGGAGUCAUCCACGGUGCUGGACUGGUGUGAAUUGGAAGGACAGAUCAGGGCCUUGUUGGCAAAGAGUGUGGCACGGAGUACCUUGGUUUUCGAGGUCAGGUUUGAGAUUGCAAACGACUGA